AUUGAGACCAAAGAUAAGAUAAAUAUGAACCAACCAUUUACAAUACAAUGAACCAAAUACACAUGAACUACAUUCUCCCUACUUGAUCCAUUAGCUUGGCUCACACAAACUAAAACAACAAUAAAAACUCCAUCUUUAUUAAAUAUAUAUUCAUAAACAUAUAUAUAUAUAUAUAUAUAUUAUUAUUAUCCAAACUCAAUCAAAAGGCCGAAAAUAAAGAGAAAUGGGUGCUCUUCAUUUGAGCUCUCCUUACUGUUUAUCUUCAAAUUUCUCAAGUUCUAACAGGUUCAAACACUACAUUACUACAAAACAAACAACCAGCAGAAGAAACGUAAUUAGUUUUAAUUAUAUGAAUAAAAGGAAAAUAAGAGCUAUUGGAACUGUUCCUGAGAAAGAUCAAGUUAAUGAAGCAGCAACUCAAUCUGAGGAAGAACUCGAACCACCUUAUGUUGGCUUUGGAUUUGUCAGUUCAGUUUUGCUUCCUGAUGGAACGCCUGAUAUGCAAUUACGAGCAGCAACUGGUGGGCAGAAGCUUCGGGAUAUAAUGUUGGAUAAUGAUAUUGACCUUUAUGGUCCAUAUGCAAGGCCACUACUAAACUGUGCUGGUGGAGGAACUUGUGGAUCAUGCAUGGUGGAGGUAAUUGAUGGCAAGGAGCUUCUAAGUCCCAAGACUGAACGAGAGAAAGAACUUCUUAAGAAGAAUUCAGUUGGCAAGAGGUCACGAGUUCAAAUCUCAACCACCUUAGUCACAUUUGAUAGUGGUAGGUCUUGCAUCCACACUUCUAACCGAAAGAGCUCUCAUGUGAGGCCUCAACUAUAAACUAAAUCUUUUGGUUGAGUUUUGUUGAAUCAAGAGCCAAAUCCCACAAUAUUGAUGAUGACUUUGAGCACCUGGUAGCUCAUGCCAUGUCUUGCACACUUGAGAGUGGUGUGGAAUGUGCCACGGAAAAUAGAAUGCUAAGGUUUGGGUCUCUUGAUCAAGUGCUCAAUGAUGAUGACGUGAUGAGGUUCAUGGAAGGAAUGGUCAAGCAUGGAAGCAGGGGAUUUUGAAGGCAGCAGGCUACUGAGGUGCAUGCUCGACCGGGCGGAGCCUCUUGGCUCGAUCGAGCAGCUUCCAAGAUGAAGAUCAGAAUCCACUGCAGCAUCGCUCGACUGGGUCAAGCUUGCUCGCUGGGGUGGAGCGAAAUUCAACACGCGAAGUCAAAAACUUUCUGUUUUAUGCGGGAUCUUUUGUGGGCUUUAAGGUUUAGUCCUAGGGUUUCCUUAUGAUAUUGUGGGCUAUAUAAAGGCUUAAAUAGGCUUGAGAAAUUAGAUGAGAGACCAAUACAAGUGAGACAACUAGGGUUAUUACCAUUAGAGUUCUCUCUUCAUUGUAUUGGGUUGUUUGAGUGAGGCCACCAUUAAAGAUGAGGUAUUUGCUUUGGGAUAUUGUUUUUAAAGCUUGUGUGGGUUGUCAUUAAUGUAUUGUUGAGUAUAUUAAUGAAAGUAAGCUUUGUUUGAGGGGGAGGUAUCCUUAGAUACCUCAUAUUUCUUGUGUGUUGGUCCAUGGUUGCUUGUGCUCUGUUUUUGCAUGUUUUUUUUUGCAUCUAUUCACCAUUAUCAUAUGCCAUUCACAACAAGUUUGUUCCAUGAUAGAUUUUGUUUAAGAGUCAUUAGUAUAUGAAGUUUAGCU